GCGUGUAUGUGUCAGUGUCGUAAACAUCGUAAAUAACAACACAAAGCAAACUAAAAUUGUUAAUCUUUUUUAUUUUUAUUUUUUUUUAUUUUUUUUUUUAUAAAUAAUUUAUGUGGUAAUAAAUAUAUUUAAAUUAUUUAAUAUGCACUAAUAAUAUACGUGUAAUAAAAAAAGUGAAAAUGAGGCGAUCAUCAGCUCCCAGCCAAUCUGGAAAGCGACCAUUAUUUGCUGAUCUAGAAAAUCAGUCACCAAUCAAUAGUGUCAAUAUAUCCAUAAAACCAAACGACAAUGCUUCUGUGGUUGUACAUAGAGAAAAAAGAUUAAAAUCAUCAAAAUUUAAACAAAUUGUUAUACCUGAGCGUAAAGCUUUAGACUUGAACUCUCACGAUGUUUCAACUACUAAAGAAGUUAUAUCAGACCAUGAAGAAAAAAUUCGAAAAAUGCUUAAUAAACCGUUUAAAAUUCCGAUACCUGGUUACGAAUUGUCUGGUCGAUUUCUCGGAGCUAAAUUUUCAGGUCCUCGUAGAGCUUUACAUGAUCCUUAUGGACCAAAUGCUUUGGUUGUUUAUUCUCCACCGGAAUUGUCCGAGCACGAAAGACUUAAAAUUGAUGAGAGUAAACAAUUAGUACAUGUAGUCGUUGAUCCUCUUCUUUGUAAUAUUUUAAGACCGCAUCAAAGGGAAGGUGUUAAAUUUAUGUACGAGUGUGUCACAGGAAUUAGAAUUGAAAAUGCUUAUGGAUGUAUUAUGGCUGAUGAAAUGGGUCUUGGAAAAACUCUUCAGUGUAUAACACUGUUGUGGACUCUAUUGAAGCAAGGUCCUGAAGCUAAACCCUUGAUUGAAAAAGCAAUUAUCGUUGCACCCAGUUCAUUGGUUAAAAAUUGGUAUAAUGAAAUUUUUAAGUGGCUAGGGAAUCGUGUCCGACCUUUAGCUAUUGAUGGUGGAAGUAAAAGUGAUAUUGAUUCAAAACUUGUUGGAUUCAUGAAAACUUAUGGUAGACGAUGUGUUAAUCCAAUUUUAAUAAUCAGUUAUGAAACAUUUCGUCUUCACUCACAUGUUCUCCAUAAUGAUGAAGUUGGACUUGUUCUCUGUGAUGAAGGGCAUCGUUUAAAAAAUUCGGAAAAUCUAACUUAUCAAUCAUUAAUGGGUCUAAAAGCUAAACGACGUGUUUUACUCAGUGGAACACCUAUACAAAAUGAUUUACUUGAAUAUUUUUCACUUGUACAUUUUGUAAAUCAAGGGCUGCUGGGUACUGCACAAGAAUUUAGAAAAAAAUUCGAAAAUCCAAUUUUACGUGGACAAGAUGCUGCUGCAACUGAUUCAGAGAGAGCUGUUGCACAAGAGAGACUUAAUGAAUUAGUUACCGUUGUAAAUAAAUGUUUGAUAAGAAGAACAAGUGCCUUACUAUCUAAAUACUUACCAAUUAAAUAUGAACUUGUUGUGUGUAUUAAAAUGACACAGUUACAGACACAGCUUUAUAAAAAUUUUAUCAACAGUGAUUCUAUUAAAAAGUCAAUGCAAAAUCAUGAGAGUGAAAAAAAGAAAGGUGGUGGUACACUUUCAGCUCUAUCAGCAAUUACAUUAUUAAAAAAACUGUGCAAUCAUCCGGAUCUUGUGUAUGAAAAAAUUUUAGCAAAUUCGGACGGGUUUGAAGGAGCUUCAAAGUUGCUUCCUCCUAAUUACAGUACAAAAGAAGUAUCUCCUGAAUUAUCAGGGAAAUUGAUGGUACUAGAUUGUCUCUUGGCUUCAAUAAAAUCCACGACAUCUGAUAAAAUAGUAUUGGUGUCAAAUUAUACACAAACGCUUGAUCUUUUUGAAAAACUUUCACAUAAAAGAAAAUAUCGUUAUGUCCGUCUUGACGGUACUAUGUCAAUAAAGAAACGAUCAAAAGUUGUUGACAGCUUUAAUAAUCCUGACAGUGGAGAUUUUAUUUUUAUGUUAAGUUCUAAAGCUGGAGGUUGUGGUUUGAAUUUAAUCGGAGCCAAUCGAUUAGUCAUGUUUGAUCCAGAUUGGAAUCCUGCAAACGAUGAUCAAGCUAUGGCACGAGUUUGGCGUGAUGGCCAGAAAAAACCAUGUUUUGUCUACCGCUUUUUAACUACUGGAACAAUAGAAGAAAAAAUUUUCCAACGACAAGCUCACAAAAAAGCACUUAGUUCAACAGUUGUUGAUCAAGAGGAUGAUGUUUGUCGACACUUUACACUUAACGAUCUUCGGGAUCUCUUUAAACUUGAAGAAAAUACUGUUUCUGAUACGCAUUCAAAGUUCAAGUGUAAACGAUGUGUAGCUGGCGUCGAAGUAAAAGGGCCACCAGAGCAAUCCGAUUGUAAUUCUGAUUUAGCAGACUGGAGACAUGCUCAUAAUUCACGAAAUCUUCCAGAUAUACCAUUACGACAAUGUUGGUCGAGUGGUAUUUCAUUUACAUUUCAUCAUCGUUCUACAGAACAAGUAAAAGAUAAAAAAGAAUGUGAAGAAAAAUCUGAAGACACAGAAAUGGAAACAUAAGAAAAAGUUUGUGUAAAUAUAUGUUUGUUAUACUGUCGCAGGAAGCUGGAUAUCCUACUCUUAAAUAAUUUUUGUUCACACUGAGGUAUUUUUUUUAAGUAAUCAAUAAUAGUUAAAAUAACAAAGUUUAAGUUUUUCUAUUUAGCUUCUCUUUUAUAUUUAUUUGAAAAUAUAUUUCUGUAAUAGUGAGUAUAUAAUUUAAUUUAAUUUUAUGAACAUUGUACAUAAAUUUCAUAAAUUUACGUAAAGUUUCUGGUGAGCUUAUAUCACUUUAAAUUAAACAAGCAGUAAAUUUAAUACUAUAGUCUUUAUGAUUUGUUAUAGAU